CGGUCAAACUAUAUAAAAAUUGAGGAAGUCAAAUUACAGAGUAAAAUUUUCUUUAGAUGAGAUGUGAUUCACGUGACAACUUUUCAAGGUUCCGAAAAUUUUUUUUAUUUGAUUUUGGAAAGAAAAAAAUUUUAAUCUUAUGAGAAAUAAUUUGUCUAGAAACUCAUAAUCUUUUAUAAAAUAAAAUAAAAUUGGAUGAUAGCUGAUCAAUGUAGGUUUUCACGUUCUAGAAAUUGAAAAGGUUUAAACUCUUUUUUUUAUGUUUAAUAAAAAAUAAACGAGUUUAAUUUAUUAUUCAGAAUUAAAAGAUAAAAUUAAGAAAAUAUAAUUAUUUAUAAAAAAAGGAAAAAGGUUCGGCAAGUUUGGUGUUUACCUUCCAUUUUAUACGCCAUCGAUCUGUUCCAAUUAUCUCCAAUAACGAACCGUUUCUCUCUUUUUCCUUCACUUUCCGUCUCUAGGGUUUUCCUCUGUUUGUGAGAUUUCGAUUUCAUGCUUUUUGUUUUUUAAAAUUUUUCCCUCUCAGCAAAAAGCAGGACUUGGAGUUCAGGGCUGCAUAGCUGCGUGACGCCUUAGUAGGAACUUAAAAGGACAAAAAAAAUGAAAAAUGGUGUGGAUUUCUUAGAUUUCCUCUAUGAUGACUUAUCCAUUAAGAUUCUUACUUCUUUAGAGGAUCCAUCUGAUCUUGUUCGCUUCAGUGCUGUCUCACGCUUCUGGCGACAUUUUGUGAUUACAAAUGGUCUAUGUAAGCAUCUGUGUCUGAGAAUGUUUCCUCAAUUAUCUAGAGUUAAUCAUGUCAAUGAGCUAGGUGGCAUUGCAAAGGGGAAUGCUGAAGCUGGAUCUAGUAAUUUUGUGGAAUGGGAAGCUUUGGAGAGGGAGCAUAGAGUUUAUGCCUUUUUAGCUAGAGGCUGUUUGUCAUUUGAUGUCAGGGAGUGCAUCUUAGAAGCAAUCAUCGCUUCUAGCACUGAUAAUUAUCCAGAGGAAAGCAUAGAUAACACUUUAGAACCAAGAGAUAGGGUGGGGCGAAGAGCUUCAUACUGGUCGAGUAAGGGGCAAAGUAACCCUGCAGUGCCUGAAACAUUGACAUAUAAAUUGGUUGCAGAUUUGUGUGUUAUUACUGAAAUCAAUGUAAGACCUUUCCUAGCUUACUUCCAGUAUGGUUACCCUAUAUAUUCAGCAAAAUCUGUGAGAUUUCGCAUGGGUCAUGUCAAGUCCUCCAUGGACAAUCUUGUGGAUGAGUCAUGCCAGGAUUCUGGUAAUCACAAGUUUGUAUGGACUUACACCUCGCAAGAGUUUCCAAUGGCUCAGGAAAACCGUUUGCAGAAUUUCAAGCUUCCAGAACCUAUUCUUUGCAUUGGUGGAAUAUUACAGAUUGAGCUGUUAGGUAGGGUCCAGAGACAGGAAAUGGAUGGCUUAUUCUACAUAUGUGUGUCUCAUGUCCAAGUUGUGGGACGCCCAUUGUCUCCUGCUUUUGGUAUUCGGAUACUUGAACCGUCCAAAAAAUUCGUGUUGGAGGCCAGCCCUGUAUCCACUUUGCAGAUGCGUGUGAGAGACUUGGAGAAGAUUGUGAAUUUACUGCGGGGAAAUGUAGUUGACGUGGAACAUGGAUUCGGAUGGGAUAUAGAUGAUGAAGAAUCAGAUGAGGAAGACGUUGACAUAAUAUAGAAUAAAUUUCUGCUGUUUAUUCUAUCCCCAUUGAACCAAGUAACAGGUCGCAUGGAAGCCAAGUUUUCUUAAACACUAGGACUCCCUCGGGCAAUUGGGCUCCUUCGGCUUUAUUUGCUCCUUCGGAGUGACGUGUAACCUUGUUCCGGAUUAGUUAUUCUGAUGUAACAUGCUAGUGUCAUCAAUCUUUAUAAGCUUUAUCUAAGUACUGUCAUCUGUGUUGAUAUAUAUAUAAGCUCGACAGCAGAAAGAUGAUUAGUAUAAAUCUUAUCGACUUGAGAUAUAACCACAUUUAACCAUCGUAAACUCUUAGCACCGCCCUGAUAUUGUGAUAUUGCCUACCGGUUAUACGGCAAACAUCUUCGUUCUUAACUUGAUAUAUAUAAAAAUAUAAAAAUAUAUAUCCUCCCAAUCGCUGAAUACAAAAA